AUGGCUGCCCAAAACCCAAACCAUGUCCUAAUUGUGAUCCCUGAACACGAUGCACGACAAAAUCAAUGCAAUUUCUCCAACGAUAAAGACUUGGACUACUCACAAAGGGCACAAUGGCUUCGUGCCGCUCUGCUAGGAGCCAACGAUGGAUUGGUCUCCAUUGCAUCAUUAAUGAUGGGAGUUGGAGCAGUCAAUGAAGAUACCAAAGUGAUGAUUCUUACCGGAUUUGCAGGACUGUUUGCCGGUGCUUGCAGCAUGGCGAUUGGAGAGUUCGUCUCGGUGUACUCCCAACUAGACAUAGAAAUAGCCCAAAUGAAGAGAGGAAACAGAAUUACAAACAUUGGACAGAAUGAAGAAGAAAUACAAAAGAAGAAACUCCCCAACCCUUUUCAGGCAGCCUUGGCAUCGGCCCUGGCCUUUGCUUUAGGUGCCGUAGUACCAUUACUUGCAGCUGCUUUUAUAGAAAGCUAUAAGGUGAGGCUAGGAGUGGUGGUGGCAGCAGUCACCUUAGCAUUGAUUGCAUUUGCAGGAGUAGGGGCGGUGCUGGGUGGGACAUCGUUGGCCAGGUCUUGUCCUAGGGUGGUGGUGGGUGGAUGGAUGGCUAUGGGUAUUACAUUUGGGCUUACUAUGUUAAUUGGCUCCAGUGGUCUGGCAAUAUAA